AUCAACAGUCUCAACACGGAGCCAUGCAAGUUUGAAAGCUCCAUCCUAGCACGAUUUUGAACAGAAGCAUAAUUUUGGAUGUAAAGUAACUGAUCAUCUGUUUUUUAAAAAAAAAAAAUUUAGGAUAUAUUCGGAGGCAAAGGCAGUUACAGUUUGAUUGACAGCUCUUUCUAGUCAUUUCUAGUCAUCUAGUCAUUUGUAGUCACUUGUCAUUUUUCGCUUAAAUGACAGGCGCGCGCAUGUGAGUCGGCUGAAGGCAGUAACGGGAGUGAUGCGGUAGAGGAGCUCAGCGGUCACGAGCGAGAUUUUUUAUUUAUUUUACAUUUAAUAUUCGUGCCUCAACGAUGAAGACCAUACUCGCUGCAUAUUCUGGUGUCAAAAAGGGCUCAGGCUCCAGCAUCCUCUCGGCCUUGCAAGAUCUGCUCUCUGUCCCCUGUCUGACACAAUCCAAAAUCGUGAAACAUCUGCAGGUGAUCUGUGUUCUACACUUUGUCAGCACAUUUCUUGCCAUGGGCAUUGGCUGUUCUUUGCUGCUGAUGUACAUGUUUUGCACCGACUGCUGGGUACUUGCUGCCGUAUACACUGCCUGGCUUAUCUUUGACUGGAAUACCCCUAAACAAGGAGGCCGCAGAUCCACCUGGAUGAGAAAUUGGACUGUAUGGAAUUACUUUAGGGACUAUUUUCCCAUAAGACUCAUAAAGACUCAUAACCUACUUCCUAGCCGAAACUAUAUUUUUGGGUACCACCCUCAUGGUAUCUUGUGUUUUGGUGCUUUUUGUAACUUUGCGACAGAGGCCACCGGAUUCUCCAAGAAAUUCCCCGGAAUCAAGCCAUCUCUGGCCACGUUGGAUGGAAACUUCCGUUUGCCAGUGUUUAGGGAUUACCUGAUGUGUGGAGGUAUCUGCCCAGUAAACCGUAACUCCAUCGACUACAUCCUAUCUAGUAAUGGGACGGGCAAUGCAGUGAUCAUCGUGAUCGGAGGGGCUGCAGAAUCUCUGGACUGUGCCCCAGGAAUGAACUCUGUCAUGCUGAAAGGGCGCAAAGGCUUUGUGAAACUGGCCCUUAAACAAGGUGCUGACCUGGUGCCCAUGUACUCAUUUGGAGAGAAUGAGGUUUACAAACAGCUCAUCUUCGAUGAUGGCUCCUGGUGGCGUGCGACUCAGAAGAGGCUUCAGAAGAUUCUAGGUUUUGCCCCGUGUCUGUUCUAUGGCUGUGGAAUGUUCUUCCCUGACUCCUGGGGCCUUUUGCCUUAUUGCAAGCCUAUAACUACUGUUGUCGGUGAACCCAUCACAGUUCCGAAAAUCGAGGACCCGUCUCAGGACAUCAUAGAUAUGUACCAUGCUAUGUACAUCAGGUCCCUCAAGUCUUUAUUUGACAAUUACAAGACUCGUUUUGGUCUAAAUGAGAGUGACACACUUGUAAUUCACUGAAAGACUGCAUUGAGAAAUAACUUUACAAAACAACACUGUGGCAGCUGGAAGAUUUCCCUCCCAAAUAAAGUUCCUGUUCAGAGAAGGCAAAAGUAAUGCUGUGCCUAUAAGCAAAGCCAUUUUAUUUGACAUUGUCAAUAUUAAAUGUAUUGACAGUAAAACAAGUGUACAUUUAUGUCCCCCUGUCUAAGGGUGGCAUGUUAGGAGCGCUGUUAUGUCAAAUUUUUCAGAUUUCAGACAAUUGCUCUUUGCUUUAAAUGCUCUCUCUAAAGACAUAUCCCUAUCCAUUUUAUACUGUACCAAAACAGGUACUUACAUGUACUGAACUACAUGGGAGGCAGUGAAACUAGCCUGUGUCACUGUUGCUCAAUGCCACUAGAUGGUGGUCCUAAAUAAUUAAAGGAAGAGUUCACCCAAAAAUAAAAAUUCUCUCAUCAUCCCAGAUGCGUAUGACUUUCUUUCUUCUGCAGAACACAAACAAAGGUUUUUAGAAGAAUAUCUCAGCUUU